AUGCGCGGCGGCCGCCUCUUCCGCUACUGCGCGACGUCGGCCGAGACGUCGCAGGUCGCCCAGGCCGAGAAGGAGUUCGCCGCGAUGGUGAACCAGAAGUACGCCCUGGGCGUGAACUCGUGCUCGUCGGCGAUCAUGCUCGCGCUCAUGGCCGUGGGCGUCGAGCCCGGCGACCAGGUCAUCACGAACGGGUUUACCUUUACCGCUUUACCGUCGACGAUCAUGCGCCUCGGCGCCGAGCCGGUGCUCGUGGAGGCCACGAAGUCCUGGAUCAUGGACUUGGACGACCUCGAGAAGAAGAUCGCGGCGUUCCCGGACGCGAAGGUUUUGUUGUUGUCGCACAUGCGCGGCAAAGUGGCGGACAUGGACCGCGUCGUCGAGAUCUGCGAGAAGAACGGCAUCACGCUCGUCGAGGACUGCGCCCACUCCUGCGGCGUCACGUGGCGGGGCAAGCAGCUCGGCUACCACGCGAAGGUGACGGCCUACUCGACGCAGUCGGACAAGGUCAUUAAUUCUGGAGAGGGCGGCUUCGUGACGACGGACGACGACGAGAUCGCGGCGAAGAUGAUCUACCUCUCGGGCUGCUACGAGCGCCGCUACGGCAAGCACGCGGUCCGGCCGCCGGACGACCUCUGCGAGGUCGCCAUGGCCGAGAUGCCCAACUUAAGCUGCCGCAUGAACGAGGUCACGGCCGCGGUCAUGCGCCCGCUCAUCAAGAACCUGCCGCAGCGCGUCGAGGCCUACAACCGCCGCUACGACGCCGUCGUCAAGGUGCUGCGCGAGGAGGCCGGCGACGUCAUCGUCGUGCCGACCCAGGACGAAAGAGUGGGCACGGUCGGCGACCACCUCAACUUCUACCUCACGGGCGUGACGGACGAGCAGAACGCGCUCUUCCGCCAGACGUGCGUCGCCAUGGGCGUGCCCGUCUCCUGGUUCCAGUCCAAGGUCAACGCGCGCUGGCACGUGAACUGGCGCAAGUACGGCUCGCCGACCUUCGACCUCCCGAACACGGACGAGGUCCUCCGCUUCGCCUACGACCUCAAGAUGCCGCCGUACUUCGACGACGAGGACUUCCCGGCCUUCGCCAAGGUCAUCGCGUAUGCCUCGAACGUCGCGGCCGGCAAGAUCGAGUAGACGCCGGCUGGCGUCGCCCGUUCGGAACCCCCCACCAUGCGGAGGCCCUCUAUGCGGCCCCUCCGUCCCCUUUUCCGAAACGCGCUGCCCAUAUCCCGUCGAACGUUAUAAAAAGAACUAUGUGACAUCAGCCUGUCUGCCAUUCUGUCGGCGCGGGACCAGGGUGGGGCUGCCGCAGUUGUGAGAGCAACCUGCCAACGCAGCCCAAUACGUCGAGCGCGACGAUAAAUGCUGGUAUAACUUUCAACACCACGCCGCUGCACCGGUCUGGCGCCGGUGCACAGUCGGCAGCGCCACGCGGAACAAUUGCGCACCACGCUGCCGGCUUUGCCCGCCUCUCGGUGUGCAUAGCUGCAAGGAACGAGGCGGGCUGCAUCGGCCGGUGCAUCGCGAGCGUCCGGAGAGCCUUCGCGGCGUGCGACGGCGCGACGCUCGAAGUAAUUGUGGCGGAUGGCGGCUCAACGGAUGCGACGGCGGACAUAGCGCAAGACCACGGCGCGGCGGUCGUCGCGUCUUCCGGAGGCGGCCGCGGCGGCGCGUUUGUGGAUGCCGUGGCCGCUUCGAGCGGCGACGCGCUCCUGUUGCUCCACGCCGACGCGACGCUCUCUGAAAAUGCCAUCGCGGCGCUGCCGCGGCGCUGGGCCGUCGUCUGCUACGCGCCUCGGUUCGACCGGCGGGGCCCGCACUGGCGCGCCCUCGAGGCGUGGUGCGGCCUCGACUCGGCCUGGUCGACGUUCGGCGACGCGGGGAUCGUUCUGCGCCGCGAGUGCUGGGACGCCGUCAGCGGCGGCCCGCGCUGGCCGCUCUUCGACGACGUCGAAUUGUUGCGGCGGCUCCGGAAGCGCGGUUUGCGGGUGGUGAAGCUCCGUUCCGCCCGUACGACCUGCGACGCGCGGCGCUUCGACGCCGCCGGCUUCUACGCCUAUUUGUGGACGUGCUUCCGGUUGUUGCUGCGAUACCGGCUCGGCGGGGACGUGUAUGAGCUCGCGGAGGCGUACGCGCGCGGCAAUCCGGCCUCUUAG